UUCAAAUUGCGAGAUUAAAUGGCAUGUCCAAACGUUCACUUAGUGUCAAUGAUUAGGCUAUCAUACUCUAAAGGAAUCCCAAUGAAACACCAUAACGUACAAAACAACAGUACACUUUUUCCCUUUAAAUAUGCCAUGCUGUGUCUCUUCCCAAAGCAAAAUCCCUUUUGAUUCCAUUUUGAACUAUUAUAGCUUUAGCACUUUGAAACUUGAGCCAUUAUAACAAUUAACAAACAUAUCAUAUCCCAUAUUUGCAUAUACUUUCUAUUAAGUCAAUGAUCAAACACCAACAUCAAGCCAUCCUUCCCCACCACCCUUCUUCCUCAAUCUGUGAUACAAUGAACAUUGAUGAACCUACUUCUGAUCCCAUCUCAGAGUGGCUGGAUAGUCCCUUAUCAUAUUUUCCGUCGUUACUCGAUGAGUCAUAUAGCAUCGAUGAUUUAUUCGAUGAGUCAUAUAGCCUCGAUGAUAUUUACGAGGACUCGUGGUGGGCUCCUAGUGAGAGUAUAAACCAAGAAAUACAUAUCAAUAACAAUAACAAUAACAGUUUAACGUGCUUCGACACUAGCUUCCCUGUCACAGCCGCGAGCACUGUCUCUUUGGAACCGGUCAUUUCAAGUCACCCUUCGCCAUUGGAUUCAUCCAAGAAAAGGAAAGGGAAUGAUUCCGGUUACAAUCCCAAGGCGUCCCGGAAGAAUCAGAACCGUCGGAUCAAUGAUGCAGAUAAAAGAAGAUCAACAGGACACAAGAAAGCAACACACAAGUCCACAGGAAAUAAUGGUAACAACAGAGAAGGAAGAUGGGCAGAGCAGUUACUUAACCCUUGUGCUGCUGCAAUUACUGCAGGAAAUCUGAACCGUGUGCAGCACUUGUUGUACGUUCUGCGCGAGCUCUCCUCACUAAACGGAGAUGCCAACCAUCGGUUGGCUGCUCGUGGACUCCAGGCGCUAAAGUAUUAUCUUUCUACUCCAUGCCCAACUUCACUAUCUUCUGUUUCUGCUGGUGGUGUUGCUACUUUUGCUUCAACAAAUCCAAAGUUCUUCAAGAACUCACUGAUCAACUUCAAUGAGAUCAGUCCCUGGUUCCGCAUACCCAAUAGCAUUGCAAACUCCUCAAUACUCCAAAUUCUUGGGAAACACGAUUCAUCCCAGAACCUACACAUUCUUGAUAUUGGAGUUUCUCAUGGUGUCCAAUGGCCAACGUUGCUUGAGGAGUUGACCCAUAGAGCAGGAGGUCCGCCACCAUUGGUUCGUCUAACAGUAAUAACACCUACCAUAGAAGAUGAUCAACAAAGAAAUAGUCCAUUUGUAGUUGGUCCAGGUGGUUACAACUUUUCGGUGCAACUCCUUGCCUUUGCCAAGGCUAUUAACAUCAAUCUACAAAUCAACAGACUGGAAAAUUACCCACUUCAGAAUCUUGAUUCCCAAGUGAUAAAUUCAUCCCCAGAUGAAAUCUUGGUUAUUUGUGCACAGUUCAGACUCCAUAACUUGAAACACAACAAUCCAGACGAGAGGACAGAGUUGUUGAAAAGACUAAAGAGUUUGGAGCCAAAAGGACUGGUUUUCAGUGAGAACAACAUGGAUUGCAGCUGCAACAGUUGCGGGGACUUCACAACAAGAUUCUCAAGGCGAGUGGAGUACUUGUGGAAGUUCUUGGACUCCACCAGUGUAGCAUACAAAGGACGUGAGAGCGAUGGAAGGAGGAUGAUGGAAGGAGAAGCAGCAAAGGCUUUGACAAACAUGGGAGAGAUGAAUGAGACAAAGGAGAAAUGGUGUGAAAGAAUGAGGACUGUUGGUUUCGUAUGGAAGAUGUUUGGAGAUGAUGCCAUUGAUAGAGCUCGUGCAUUGUUGAAGAAGUAUGACAACAACUGGGAGAUGAGAGUUGAUGAGAAGGAUGGCUGUGUUGGACUGUGGUGGAAAGGAGAUCCUGUUUCAUUUUGUUCAUUAUGGAAGAUAGAUCCCAACACAUGAGAUGCACAAGGCUUUUAAGCAUGAACCGAGUCAAAAGUCUAGUGGUAAAUCUAGUGUCUGGAAGUAUCUUCAUUAGCUGUGCUUUGACACAGGUUCAGAUAGUGCAUUUGCAGAGGCAACAAGUCAAAAAAUAGUCAAAUUCAUUAAGAAUUUGAUUCU